AUGAAGACACACUCACCUUUGAGCCAGAUCGGAGGCAGGGACUUCAGCAGCCUGUCGUCUUUGAAGGAGAAUAUAAGAAGUCCACCUAAGAGGGUGGAUUUGACCCCAGUCACCAGCCCUGAGUUACCUCACUCCCAUCUGGCUUACAGGACACUCCGUUUCGGAACCUACACUCUACCCGGCCCUAGCCAGCCGCCCAUGAUGGGGACUUCAGUGGAGCGGUCGUAUGGGACAGACUUGAUGCAACGUUAUGCCCAUUCGGAAGUGGCCCGUAGCACAAGGACGCACGCCAUGGCUAACGGCGGCAACUACCACUGGGGCCAGUCCCUCAGACAGACUCGAGGUCCUCAGCCCCUCUCUGCAGACCACUCAUUCCUGUGCAGCAGCCCUGCGAUUCGCACCGACAACAGCCCCUACCUGAUGGAGGUUCAUAGGGGGACGAGGAGACAAACAGGCUACGGGUCAUUCAAUGCUACCCAGAGAGCAGAGGGCCUGGCCUGGCUGGGCCAGGUGGGGAGGGAGAGCCAGAAGCAUGUGGGAGCCAAAUGGCCUUGCUCGUACCCAGCCUCGCUGGUCAGCAUGGAGGUGGACAUGUGCCAGAAGAGGGAGGCGGUGGAGCCAGAGAUCCAGCAGACAGACGUGAAUGACGUCACUGCGCUGAAGCCAGAGAGCAAGGUGCCUGAGCUGACAUUGGAGAGGGCAGUGAACCUGCUGGGCCAAGAGAAUGAGGAGAUGCAGAUCACUGCUGCCAGCUUUAUUCAAAACCAAUGUUUCAACAGCGCUGAUGCUAAGAAGAUGGUGUUCUACCUCCACGGUAUACCCAGGCUGAUCAAACUGCUGCAGAGCGACAGCGAGGAGCUGGAGCGCAUAGCAGCGGGGGCGCUCCGAAACGUCGUCUUCGAGAGCAGCGAGAACAAGAUGGAGGUGAAGGACAACGAGGGUGUGGCCCCUACACUGCGUCUGCUCAGGAGAAGUCGCGACAUAGCGACCCGGCGGCAGCUCACUGGGCUGUUGUGGAACCUAUCCUCCCAUGACCUGCUGAAGGAGCAUCUCUCCAAAGAGGCCCUGGAGAUCCUGACCACUUCUGUGCUGGUGCCCUGCUCAGGCCUGUCUGAGGGGGAGAACCCCAAAGAUGGCAUGCUGGCUGACCCAGACACCUUUUACAAUGCCACUGGCUGCCUCCGAAACAUAAGCUCGGCUGGUCCAGAAGGGAGAAAAGCCAUGCGGCAGUGUGAGAACCUUAUUGACUCACUGGUAUACUACAUCCGCGGGACCAUAGCUGACUACAAGCCUGAUGACAAGUCCACAGAGAACUGUGUGUGCAUCCUACACAACCUCUCCUACCAGGUGGAGCUUCCACAGAAGUACGCCAGCGAGCUCCAUGAGUCUCGACUCAACCUGGCUCCAAAGACCAAGACCCCAGGCUGUUUCGGCUCUCGCAGUGCCAAAAUCAUCCAGGUAGGCUCCCACCGCCCUCUGCUGGAGGAGAAGGGUAAUCCCUGUGGGAUGGAGUGGCUGUGGAGCGCCAUCACUGUGCGCAUGUACCUGUCAAUCAUGGCCCGCAGCAUCCGUCCCUACACUCAGGAGGCUGCCAUCGGAGCCCUACAGAACAUCACAGCUGGGAACGGCCUAGUAUCCCAGGCCAUCGCCCACACCAUAGUACAGCGGGAGAAUGGUCUACUACAGACCAUGAAGAUGCUCCAGGAAGGAGGGAUGGAUGUGAAGAAGACUGCUGUAUCCCUGCUAUGUAACAUCUCACGCCACAGAGAGCUUCACGCUCACAUUGUCAAACAGUUGUUGCCACAGCUGGUGGUCAUGUUACCCAACUCGGACACGAGCACAGACCUGCCUACAGAGGUGACCGUGUCCCUGUGCCACAUCCUCAUCAACCUGAGCCAGGAUGAGACGCAGCACGUCAGGGCCAUCGUCAACCACGGGGCGCUGCCCAAGAUCAUCAACAUCAGCGCAAAGGACAACGGGUUUGGUCCCACCAGGGCUGGCCAGGCAGCCUGCAUCCUACUACACAGCAUGUGGAGCCACUCAGAGCUCCACAGGGCCUAUAGGAAGGCUGGAUAUAGGAAAGCAGACUUCGUCAACAGCAGGACAUCAAAGGCUGUACAUUAAAUACGGAACUAAGCGGAG